GUCCCCAUCUCUUCUCUCCACCAAUAUGCCGCCUGUAAAAUCUUCUAGACAGAAACACCAAAUUUUAUGUCUUUUCUCACUAUUCCUCUUUUCUCCGGCCUUCUCCGACGACCUACAACCUCUUCUCGCCCUAAAGUCCGCCCUCCAGAAUCCUUCCGCCACCGUAUUCCACACAUGGAACCCAACUACCAACCAGCUUUGUAAUUUCACCGGAAUUACUUGCCACCCAGAUGGUUCUGUUCAAGUUAUCGAGUUAUCCAGCCAAUAUCUCUCCGGCGAGGUCCCGUUUAAUUCCAUUUGCGAGCUGAAAUCACUUGAGAAGCUCUCUCUCGGCAAGAAUUCCCUCUUUGGAACUGUCACAGAGGACCUGAAGAAAUGUGUCAAUCUCAAUUACCUCGAUCUUGGUAACAAUUUCUUUGGCGGAAUUGUCCCCGAUCUCUCCCCUCUCAAUCAGCUAACCUCUUUGUAUCUAAAUAACAGCGGGUUUUCUGGUCCGUUUCCAUGGAAUUCAUUGUCAAAUAUGUCGGGUUUGCUUGUUUUGAGCGUUGGCGAUAACCCGUUUGAUAGAACGCCAUUCCCGGAUGUUAUCAUGUCUUUGAAGAAACUGAAUUGGCUCUACUUAUCUAACUGUAGUAUCGAAGGUUCGAUUCCUUCUGGAAUUGGGAAUCUGACGGAGUUGAGGAGUCUGGAGCUAUCCGAUAAUUAUUUAGACGGUGAGAUUCCCAUCGAGAUAACCAAAUUAAAGAAUCUUUGGCGGCUGGAGCUUUACGAUAAUUCACUAACCGGAAAAUUGCCAGUUGGUUUAAGGAAUCUUACGAAUCUUGAAUACUUAGACGCUUCGAAUAAUCAACUUGAAGGGGAUUUGUCGGAAGUGAGUGAGUUACAUAAUCUCGUAAGUUUGCAACUUUACACAAAUGGGUUUACCGGCGAGGUCCCACCGGAGUUGGGUAAUUUCAGGCGGCUGGUGAAUAUUUCUCUUUAUCAGAACCAACUCACCGGCGAGCUCCCGCAGAAACUCGGGUACUGGUCGGAAUUUGAUUUUAUUGACGUGUCGGAAAAUUACUUGACGGGUCCAAUUCCACCGGAUAUGUGUAGGAACGGUAAGAUGACAAAGCUUUUGAUUCUGCAGAACAAGUUUACCGGCGGAAUUCCGACGACUUACGCCAAUUGCUUAUCGCUGAGUCGGCUACGUGUCAGCAACAACUCUCUCUCCGGCGAGGUUCCCAGCGGCAUUUGGGGAUUACCGAAAGUGGGUAUGAUCGAUAUUGCUCUGAACGAAUUUGUAGGUCCGAUUUCAGAUGAAAUUGGAAAAGCAGUGUGUCUAAAUGGAUUACGUGUAAACAAUAAUAGAUUAUCCGGCCAAGUUCCGACCUCGAUCGGAAACGCAUCUUUGCUGGUGGAAAUCAAUCUAAGUAAUAACCAAUUAUCCGGCGGAAUUCCGGUGACAAUCGGGCAAUUGCAUAAGCUAAGCACAAUCCAUUUAGAGAACAAUAAAAUAUCUGGUUCAAUUCCACCGAGUAUCAGUUCUUGUGUUGCUCUAUCUGACAUAAACAUGGCUAAUAAUUCAAUUUCCGGCGAGAUACCAUUUUCUCUUGGCUCACUUCCAGCCCUCAAUUCGCUUAACCUGACUUGUAAUCAACUGGCCGGACCGAUACCGUCUACCCUUUCUUCUUUAAAACUCAGCCGACUCGAUCUCUCUCAUAAUCAUUUAUCCGGACCAAUUCCAGAUUCUCUAUCUUCAGAUGCUUACAAUAGCAGCUUCGUCGGAAACAAUGGCCUCUGUAGUGUGAAAAUCGCCGGAUUCCGACACUGCUCGUCGGAUACCAACAACCUUAACAGGCGAAAUCUCCUAAUUCUUGUACUCUCUCUAGCAAUUCUCAUCGGUUUUUCGCUUCUUUCCAUCCCAUGCUAUUCCUACAUUAAAAAGAAUCGGUUUAGAAAAGAUCUUAACCGAUCCUUAAAAGAAGACUCGUGGGAUGUGAAAUCAUUCCAUGUAUUAACGUUCACCGAAGACGAUAUUCUCAACUCGAUCAAGCCAGAGAAUCACAUCGGAAAAGGUGGAUCCGGAAACGUGUACAAGGUUUCGUUAUCCAACGGCAAGGAUUUGGCCGUGAAGCAUAUUUUGAAUUCCGAUGCUAAAAAGCCGAAAAGAAUCGGAAAUGCGACUGCAUUGCUGACGAAUCAUCGGAGUGGAAGUCGGCGGAAGAUGUCGGAGUUCGAUGCUGAGGUUCGAACUUUAAGCUCAAUCCGACACGUUAACGUUGUCAAACUUUAUUGUAGUAUAACAAACGAAGACUCUAGCUUGUUAGUAUACGAAUUCAUGCCAAACGGGAGUUUGUGGGAUCGACUUCACAUGUGCGCUAAGAUGUCUUUGGAUUGGGAGACAAGGUACGAGAUUGCUUUAGGCUCGGCCAAAGGGUUGGAGUAUCUUCAUCACAGUUGCGAUCGUCCCAUAAUUCAUCGAGACGUGAAAUCGAGCAAUAUUUUGUUGGAUGAGCUUCUAAAACCUAGGAUCGCUGAUUUCGGACUCGCAAAAAUUGUACAAGUUGCAAAUUCCAAUGAUUCCACCCAAGUCAUCGCGGGAACAUACGGCUACAUUGCUCCUGAAUACGGUUAUACAUGUAAGGUGGACGAGAAGAGUGACGUUUACAGUUUUGGUGUAGUGUUGAUGGAAUUAGUGACGGGUAAGAAGCCGAUUGAUCUAGAGUUUGGAGAGAAUAAGGAUAUAGUGGAUUGGAUUUACGGGAGAGUGAAGAGCCGAGAUAGGGAGAGUGUAUUGAGCAUUGUAGACUUGACAAUUCAAGGUUAUCAUCGAGAAGAGGCGCUCAAGGUUCUUAGAAUCGCAAUCGAGUGCACCGCAAGGUGUCCAUCGGUUAGGCCAACAAUGAGAAGUGUGGUCCAAAUGUUGCAAGAAGCCGAGCCUUGUAAACUGGUGAGCAUCAAAGUAAACAAAGAUGACAAUAAGGACCGAAUUGGAGACACAUUAGAUAAAUCAUAAGUUUAUUAUUAGCAGCUUGGUAGUAGUUGAUUUACUAUUAAAAAAUGGAAUAAUCUCGAGAGUAUAUUCUGAUCUUGUUUCGGAGUUGUCCGAUCUUGUUUCAGAGUUGUAACAAAUUGCUAGUUUAUCUCGACAUGUUGAAAAAAUGGAAUAAUCUUGUAUUGGAAUUGUAACAUAUUGUUAGUUUAUCUCUU